CAAAAUAUUGCGCGCAAUUCUGCUGUUGCGUUACACGUAUUCUGAUGGUGUUUCUAAUAGAAUGUAUCCUUCUCAUUACUCUGUGGAGUGGGGUCAGCUGCCUAGAGAUACCUCCACAUAGGACAUCAAAACUUCCAGUCAUAAAAGAUGAUCAAAUCAAAUCGACCAAGGAAGUUAAUUCAGCAUGGAAUUUGUUUUUAUCUGGAUUUUCGUCUUCAUUUUACGUUAUUAUAAUAUCUGAAAUUGGUGAUAAAACAUUUUUCAUCGCUGCUAUUAUGUCUAUGCAACAUCCACGAGCUUUAGUUUAUUGUGGAGCGAUGCUCGCUCUUAUCACCAUGACAAUGUUGUCGGCGUUACUUGGUUACGCAACAACAAUCAUCCCGCGAUUUGUAACCUUGUAUUUAUCCGGUGCUUUAUUUUUUAUAUUCGGCCUAAAAAUGCUCUAUGAAGCAUAUACUAUGUCUUCCAGUACAGCCAAAGAAGAGUUCGAUGAAGUUCAUAUGCAACUCACACAGUCUAAAGCAGAUGAUAUAGAAACUGGUCGUUCAGCCCCAGACUCUCCCCAGGGAUUUCCCUCCAAAUUACUUACGAUCACAGGAAACAUAUUGACUCCAAUCUUUGUGGAAGCUUUUGUGCUCACAUUUUUUGCAGAAUGGGGUGAUAGGUCUCAGAUAACUACAAUUGUUCUUGCAGCUACAAAGAGUGCUUUGGGUGUAAUCGUAGGUGGAGUUGUUGGUCAUGCUUUAUGCACAGGUUUAGCUGUCCUUAUGGGUCGUUUUGUCGCUCAACGCAUUCCUGUACAGUGGAGUAAGUAAAUACUUGAUUCUCAGAAAUUCAGUAUCAAAUACAUAUCUCGAUUAUGUUUUCAUAAUUUCCAUGGUCCAUUAUCUAUUACUUGCUUGGUGAAAAUUCAAAAGUAAUCAGUUUGACUCAUUGAAUCCAUCAAAUCUCUAAAUCUCCUUAGAAGGAACGCUUUUAAAACAUUACAGCAGAGUGUAAACUUAUAAUUAAUAGAAAUCCCGUAUCAUGAUUGAUUAAUGUCCUUUUCAGUGAUUAAAGCAUGUAACCCAGAAUCAAAGGACUGUCUACACAUAUAUCAAAAGCAAAGAGCUACUACUGAAGCUAGGCUGAAUAAAUAUACCACAGUGAUGGAACGUGACUCAGACCACCACAACCUUUUUAAUAUGUUAUUAAGCAGCACAUUUAAAAUUUACAUUUAUCGGAGGUGUGACAUUUAUAAUAUUUGCGUUCAGUGUAUUUUUUGGGAAUCCAGACACAAUGUCUUAACUUUAACGUUUGUAAUCAUCAGUUAUUUUUUUUAACAAAUAUAUAUAUAUAUAUAUAUAUAUAAUAACUUAUUUUCAGUUUGUAUUGGUUAAUAAUAUUUUUGAAGCACUUUGAAAUUGAUAUUACUCACGGUAUAUUUGUGUUAUUUGUACAACUGUCCAAUUAUUCCUAAAAUUUCUUUCAUUUCAGAUAAAUUUAUUCUUUUCCCAUGUUUCUCAUAUUAUGUUUAUAAAUAAAAGGUCUCUUUAUCUAACUGAAUGUCAGAUAUUAUAUAAUUGUGAUUACAUAAGAAACAGACAAUAAGCUGUUUUCUUUUGCUUUCUGUACAUUCCUUUUAUAUCUAGUAUUCUAUGUACUUCUCUAUGUAAUUUCUUUUUGGUCAAUUCUUUAUUUUUUUCUUCUUUCAAUACAUCACUUCGGUAAUAUUUCUUAUGCAUUAAUAUUCUUUAUGUAAAAUGAUCAGUUUAUUUUUCUCUACAAACUAACUAUAUUUUGGUAAUGUUAAAUAUGUUUGAAGAAAGUAUUAGUAAAUCGAAUAAUAAACAUUGUAGUUUGUUGAAUAGAAAUUGACAUUUACAUUGUAUUUUCAUUGUGUUGUUUACAAGUUUAUUGCCUUUUUGUAUUGCUACUAACUAAAUAGGAAAUUUAAGAGAAAAAGAAAAUGAAAUUGUGUAAUAAAAUACAUACGUUAUGUAGUUUUAUGGAUUUUGAAAAUAAAUUCUUUUCUUUUUUUUUUCCUAUAAACACAUUGAAUGCUUUAAUCUCAAUCAGUAUUCAUAGUAUUUAAUUGAGUAUCCAGAAAAGAAAUUGUUUUAUUUAAAGGUUUAAGUAGAUUGUUAAUUGAUUUUUUGUGAUAAUCUAUCCUGUUGAUAAUAUGAACUCCUUUUUAAUGUUUGUAUAGAUAUGCAUCUAAUACAAUUAUUAGAUCUCGAACAAAACAAUGUAAUUUGAUAUGUCAGUAAUAAUAGAAGUGAAU